GCUCAGCCAUGAGACUUCUCAUCUUGGCCUUCCUCGUGAUCUGCUGUCUCACUGCAUACACUGUGGAAGCUGUGGGGAGCGAAGUCCUAGAGAAGAGCAUCUGUGUGAGUCUAACUACCCGGCGACUGCCAGUUAAAAACAUCAAGACCUACACCAUCAAGGAGGGCUCCAUGAAAGCAGUGAUAUUUAUUACCAGGCGUGGCCUUAAAGUCUGUGCUGAUCCACAUGUUGAAUGGGUGAAAAAAGCAGUGCAAACAAUAGACAAAUCCAACAGAGGAAACCAGGCCAAACCUACAGGAGCCCAGCAAACUACCAAUACAGCUGUAACCCUGACUGGGUAGUGGCU